CGUCGACAGAUUUGACAGUUUGUAGAGCCGGCGGUGGGAGCUGAAGGAAUCUGACUGACACAGGGGACUGGGCAGCGCGUCAGUCGGUGAGGGGUACAGUACUCGUGGAUCCAGCGGCUGACAGCGGGAGUAUCCAGCCUUCAUUUUCAGCGGGACCAGAGAGUUUUUAUCGGCCGUGAAAACAGGAAGUCAGCAUGAUGGCAGUGCUGGGCAGCGCCGGUCGCCUGAUCCAAUUUGCCAGGAGCAGCAUCAGUCUGAGUGUGAGGAGACGCUCAACCGCUGCAGCGUUGGCCCAGACGGCGGCUCCAGAAACACAGGAGAACAGGAAACCUAAGACCGGCAUCCUGAUGCUGAACAUGGGAGGACCCGAGAAACUAGAAGACGUUCACGACUUCCUGCUGCGGCUCUUCAUGGACACAGACCUGAUGAAACUACCUGUGCAGAAUAAACUCGGUCCGUUCAUCGCCAAGCGGCGCACGCCGAAGAUCCAGGAGCAGUACAGUAAGAUCGGAGGAGGCUCGCCCAUCAAACACUGGACUUCCAUGCAGGGAGAGGGAAUGGUGAAGCUGCUGGACGAGAUGAGCCCCGAGACAGCUCCUCACAAGUUCUACAUCGGUUUCCGGUACGUCCACCCGCUGACGGAGGAGGCCAUCGAGGAGAUGGAGAAAGAUGGAGUGGAGAGAGCUGUGGCCUUCACACAGUAUCCUCAGUACAGCUGCUCCACCACAGGCAGCAGUCUGAACGCCAUCUACCGUUACUACAGCAACAGAGGCGACAGGCCGAAGAUGCGCUGGAGCGUCAUCGACCGUUGGCCCACUCACCCACUGCUGGUGGAGUGUUUUGCAGAACACGUCAGUAACGAGCUGAUGAAGUUUCCUGAAGAGAAGAGAGACGACGUCGUCAUUCUGUUCUCAGCUCACUCGCUCCCUCUGGCUGUUGUAAACAGAGGUGACCCGUAUCCUCAGGAAGUGGGAGCCACAGUUCAAAGAGUCAUGGAGAGACUGGGACACUGUAACCCGUAUAGACUGGUGUGGCAGUCCAGGGUGGGCCCCAUGCCGUGGCUCGGCCCUCAGACGGACGAGGUGAUCAAAGGCCUGUGCGAACGGGGGAAGAAGAACAUCCUGCUGGUGCCCAUCGCCUUCACAUCCGACCACAUCGAGACUUUACACGAGCUGGACAUCGAGUACGGACAGGUGCUGGGGGAGGAGUGUGGUGUGGAGAACAUCAGGAGAGCAGAGUCGCUGAACGGAAACCCUCUGUUUAUGAAGGCUCUGGCGGACCUGGUCCAGUCCCACAUGAAGUCCAACGAGCCGUGUUCCCGUCAGCUGACCCUGCGCUGCCCGCUGUGCACCAACCCCACCUGUGGAGAGACCAAGGCCUUCUUCGCCAACCAGAAACUCUCAUAGGCAAACACAGAAACACACACACUGAUGCCCCGAACACAGCAGGGCUCCCUGUGAAGAAAACAUAAGGCCUUUUUCGAUAAACACAAGCUUCAUACACGCACACUUACAACACACUCAGUUUCUCCAGGCACGAGUGUCAGUGGAUAGAAGAAUGGCGUCUGCAAAUGUUGGCUUUACUUCUGAUUUGUUGACAGAUUUAUUUUUUAAUUGGAACAAAAUUAACUGCGAAGAUAAAUUUUGUCAAAAGAUGCACAAAUCUAAGUUGCGCGUUAAAUUUAAAUUAUUACUUUGCUGGCAUUAAUAUAAACUCUCAGAUUUGAAGUCUGCGUCGAUUAAAAAACUGACACUCGGCAGAAACUGCUGAUUUUACUUCAGAGCUACAGGAAAAAAAAAGCCUUGCACUAGCUUGUUUAUUUUUGUGUUUUUUUAUUUACAUUUCCCUUGCUUACAUUCCAUUUGCUUAGCCCCUGCAAACCUCCAUGAGAGACCCUGUUUCUCUUCUCGCUGGUGCUAAAUGAAUGACAGUCAAACAUGGCGACAACGACACCACGUACAAGGGAUCUGGUUGGUUGGCUACCCCCUAUUAACCCCCCCACCUUCUCACCUGUCGCUUCACGCCCUCCUGCUGCAAUCCUUGCAAUGUGAUUGGAGGAGGUGGAUGCACCUCAAAAUGCUGCUGCCUGAUUGGUGGAAACCAGUGAGCGAUUAAGACGGAACUGUGCCGCUGCUUUUAAGAAUUCAAGAGAUUGUUAAGCUUUUGCUGUUUAAGUCACGACACGAAGAUUUAAUAAUGUGAAUAGAAGCGUCAGUUAUUGGAUUAAUCAUCCGUCUGCUUUGGUGCUGAACAGAGCGAAAGUCCGAAGACAUAAAGUCAAGCUGAGGUUGAAGGUUGAAAACGUUAAUGUCAGGGGUCAGGACCUCUCAGGGCGACAUGAAAUAAUAUUUGGGGUUUUUUCAGAUGGUUUAGAAAGCGAGGAGAAUUACGUUGUUACUACUCAAGUUCAUUAACAUGUUUGUUUUUUCCAGUUUUUUCCUUUUUUCCCUCCUCUUCUGAUAACAGAUCACAGAAUUAAAAAAUUGGUUCAUUUUAUGUAUUCACCUGCCAGAACAUAAUUUUCAGAGAGAUUUGCUCAAUAUUAACAAAUAUUGAUAAAGGCUGAAGAUAAAAAUAUAAAUUGGCAGGUGAAUGUAAAAUCCAUCGGUUACACAUCAGCAAGUUCCAACGCAGGAGUUGAUUGUUGAUGGUCCUUAACUUUGCAAAUCUCAUGAUUAAAGUUUAAAUAAUUGAUUGCGAUGUAAAACUAAAUAAUUAGCUAAAUAACUAGCUCAGUUAUUCUUUCUUUUCAUUUAUUAAGAGGUCGCUGUCGCUGCUUCUUUGCAAAACUUACGCCAAAAAACAGACAACAGAGAGACACCUAAUGCUAGCUAGACCCCCUUCCUCCCCAUACAGUUGGGCAAACACAGCACUGAGUAGCAGGUAGUAAAUGAGAGGGAAAAUGUAAGUGCUAACGUUAGCAUGCUAGGCCACUAGCUUCCAUUUUCCGAGUAGAACACAACAUAAACAGUGCAAUUGGUCCUCCCAGCUGUUGCGUGGGGCAGACAACUAAUGCUUUGUGAAGGUGUUUAAAAAGGGAAAACAAAGUUAUGUAUGAUCGUUCAUGGGCCGUACAGUAAUGAUAUUCUCCAGUCAGUAGUGCGUCAUUUAAAGAUGUUAGCAUUGUUAGCCCUAGCCAGGUCAUAGAUGUCGGUGAAAGUCAUAUGGAGCCUCAGAGCUACUACUUGUCCUUACGAGCACUGAUCUAAUACUAUCAAAAUAAAUGUUUGAUUUUGUAAUAUAUUUAGUAUUUAGCUAAGGAGGUUUUAUUAUUUUAUUACUAUGAGCCCACUGUAUGAGCCGUACAGUUUCAAGUUUAGACAUUAAGACAAAACAUUUUUUUUUUUACACAUGGGCUGCAACUAAGGCAUUAAAAGAGCAUUAAACUACUAAAGAUGCUGGAGUCGUCCUUCAAUAAGGAAAUGCAGUAUGUGUUCUUUUAAAAACUACAGUGAAGAGAAGUAGUG